AUGGUUACCAUGUUCCGAGGCACAUUUUACAACGCAUGUAGCGCAUCUAUUAUCGCGAAAAAUCUCAUUCUCACAGCAUCGCAUUGUAUCUCAAAUUAUUUUGAUCAUAUAACAGUACGAUCGGGCUCGAAUUACCAAAUAACUGAUGGCACAAUACAUCGCAUCGUAUCUUAUGUUCAUCAUGAGAAUUACAGUUUGAAUUACUUGAAUGACUUGAAUGGAAAAUUGUGGGUCAACGACAUUGCGAUAGCUCAAGUCGAACCACCAUUCGAAUUCGAUGCCAGUCAUCAACCGAUUUCAUUAUACAAUGCCGACGAGGUGAUAAAACCAGAAUUAAAAGGAGAAGUUUGUGGAUGGGGUUACAUGUCUUAUACAGACAGAUCAUUCUGGACUGAUGAGGAAGAAUUUUUACAUAAACUAAACUGCGUCACCGUGCCGAUAUAUGAAAAAUCUACGUGUGCUGCUGAAUAUAUGAAACAAGAAAAUUACACUCUGAAAUCCGGACAAAUAUGCGCUGGAAGAUAUAAAGGUGAUUGUGCGGGUGACUUUGGUGGACCUUUGGUAGUUGAUGGCCGAUUAGCUGGUAUCGUGUCAUGGGUUUAUCGAUGUGGAUAUACAGAAUAUCCACCGGUUGUGUUUACCGAGAUUGCUUAUUUUAGAAAUUGGAUAGACACACAAGUCGAGAAACUAUCUGGUACACAUCUAGCAAAAGUUGACGUAACGGAAAAAUCUAUAAAUAGAAGUCUACUGCAAUUUCACCAUGGACAAUAUUACUAUGAAGACAAACCAAUUUGGUCGUAA